GAAAAAUCUUUGAACGCCGUUAAUUUAGGCUAAACUAUGUUUACAGUUACUUAACAUGCUCAGUUCGGUUAGAGGGCGUGAGUCAAAGAAAUUCCGAUUCGACAUUUUUUUUAGUCUUGUUUGACCGUCCUUUGUAGCCCCUUUACUAUUACUAGGCUUCGCGAAGAACUCUAUCUUCAUUUAAUUGCCACGAUUUACAAUAUUACAUGGCAAAUAAAAUAAAUAUAUAGCUAAUUAAUAUUUAAAUAAAAUAUAUGUUUAGUAAAAUGCUACCAAAUGAUUAAAAAUACACAAAUUGAUGUCAUUGACAUAUCAUGGGGUUAGAGGGGGUCUUCCAUUAAUUACGUCAACAAUUAUUUACGCAUUUUUACCCCCUCCCCCCCCACAACUGUGCAAACUUCAAAUACAAUUGUUGGGAAAUCAAUAAUUACAGGUUUAGCUUGUUAAUCAAGUUCAAAAGUUUUUACACUUAAAUUUUAUAAUGCAGAAUCAAUUGAAAGAUUGUUAAGGUCUAAAUAUCAUUGUUUGUGGAAGUAUAAAUAUGAUUAUUGUCAGUAUAGCUGACAACUAUGGCAUAGUUUCUAGCUGCUAUCAUACUAUCAGGCUAUCAUCUUCCCAUGGCCAUGGAUGGGCAUAAUCUACUAUAGUAGCUGAUUUAUCAUUUUCAUCUUGCAGAACUGAUAUUGAUAUACCUGACACGUCAACAUCGUCAUCAUCCUUAUCAAACCAUUCAUCACUUAAAAUUUAAAAAAAUAGAAGUAUUGUCGGUGUGAGCCAUAAGCUCUCUCUGUCUUUCAGUUGGUAUAGUUGUUAUUGUUAUCCGUGUACAGUAACAAUGAUGUUUUAAUCAUUCUAGGGAGUUGAUUUAGAAUUAUAAGAGACAAAAUGACAGGUGAAGAGAUGCCAACUUUUGACUUCUCUUGGACUAACAAAAAGUUUGCUAACAUUCUGACCAACCAUGCCAUCUGCUUUGCACAUACAGACACAUAUUGAAUAACUCUUAUAUUGUUAAAAGCCUAAACAUAUAUGACUCUUUACACUCAUUUAAUUGUUUAAAAUAAUGUAAGUACCGGUACAAGUAAAUUUUUAAGAUUAAAAUUCUAAUAGAACGAACAUGAUUGCUGACGUCAACUAAUCUAGACUCCCCCCUUGUCAACAAUUGUCAAACAUUUCCAACACUCCCCCCAUUUUGUUGAUGUAAUUAAUGGACACCCCCAUAGGUCUAUUACUAUAAAUACUAUUUAUCAGGAAUUACGCUUGGCCUAUCUAUGGCUAUGCCUUUGGCCUCGUAUAUUGCCUAUAGUCUAUAUUAAUGAUAAUAUAUUGCCAAUUUAGGCUGCUACUUACUACUAGGCAUAUUCAUAUUAAUAUAUCACAUAAUGAUACUGAUAGGGCAUAUUAAUGCCUGCUACUAAUCAAGUCCUCUAGACACUCCAAUUUAAUAUGUAAUGUAUAGUAUAUGAAUAUGAUAAUAUGAACUUUAAUAGUAAAGAAAGGUUAAGACACAUAGGCCUAUUGGACUGUGAACUGUGGUAUACACACUCAAAGCAGCAUAUAACUUGAGCUAAUUUUCGGAUGCACACAAAUCCUUUCGGGCCACCCAUAGAUGACGUCACAAAAAUUUUGCAGAUUUUUGUACUCUCCCCCAUCAUCACAAAUAGUUAGACCCCCUUCAAUAUAAUGUCACAAACCUCAGCACACCCCCACCCCCAAAAUUUAAAAAAAAAUCUCUUUCCACUAUUGCAGUGGUUCUCAACCUUCCUAAUGCCGCAACCCUUUUUCUGGUGUCCUGGCGACUCCUGCCACACAAUUAUUUAUGUUGCUACUUCAUAGCUGAAAGGAUAUGCGUUGUCAGAUGGUCUUAGGCUACUCUUGGUAAAGGGUCGCGCGACCCUUUUGAGGGUCGCAACGAAUGUUCCCUUUAAGCUGCGCAUCCACGCAGUUAUCUCACAGACGCCGCCAGCAGUUGUGGGCUGUAAAAUUUUGCACAUAAAAAAAAUUGAUGCUGUAAACUUUGCACACAACUGUAUGAUUCAUGAUUUUGUACACAAACCAGCAAAUCUUAGAGGGAACAUUGGUUACGACCCACAGGUUGAGAACCGCUGCACUAUACUGUCAAUUAUAAACCCUUAAAAAACUUUCACCUCCAAUGGAUAUCAAUAACUGUACAUGUGUCAGAAACAUUUUCCCCAGAACAGCGGUUCUUAACCUGAUGUGCAGAAGACCAAGAACAUUUUAUUUCCUGCCAAUGAUAAUUGUUGCCGCAUUAAAAAAAAAAAUCAGUUUGUAUACAUUUUAACCCUUUACAUGGCAGACCUUCUUCCUUUUGCUAGCUCUGAACGGGCAACAUUGUUCUGGUUUUUAGUAAGAAUUAGGGUUACGUUAGUAAAAACAUCAAAUCUAAGGUGUUAGUUAACAAAUUUUUGUGAAAUAAGAAAAUAAAAAUAUGGAAGAUGGAUGCAGAUUUAUUAUUUUACUCACAUGUUGCCAUUAAUCCACACAUGAACACAGAUAUUUUCAAAACACAACAUAUUGUUUGUGAUUGUCAGUCAUCCAUUUACUAUUUACAAACACUGCCUAAUCAAAGUGUGUACACUUAAACUUAAAACACUGCCUACGCUGAUAUCACUAAUAAUAUUAUUAAUAUCUAGUUCCGAUUAAUAGUCUAUUUUGUACUUUUCAAUGUCAUUUAAAUUGAACCCAGCGAAAUCUCCGCUAUCACUUGAAGAAUCGUCAUUUUGAGAAACAAAGCAUUAAAACCCUGAAAACUACAAAAAAAAUCAGAUCAAAUACUUGUAAUUGGCGCCCACUCUGUCAAGCUAUUGGCAAAACCGUGUGUAAAAAAUCGGAAGUAUGGCAAAGUCACGAAGAUCGCAUGUUUACAACUCUUAGUAGUCACUGAAGCUUUCAGACGUUUAGCCCUUUUAAGUUUAAAGUAGUAAAGACUUUUUGGCAGAUCUGCCCUGUAAAUGGUUAAUUAGCAGCAGUAAAUGUUUUUGUGGUGAAUUUUAUUUUCGCAGUACUAGUAUAUUUGUUUAGUAAUAUUUAUAGUGUUUCUAGAAAGUUUAAUUAGAGAAAUAAUAUGAAAAUAACUUAAUUAGUUAAUUAUUAUCAUUUUAAAAAAUUUAUUAUAAUAUAAUUUAUGCGGAGUGGUCUGCUGAAAAUGUUUUGAAAUUGAGAGGGAUGCCACGCUGUGAAAUGGUUAAGAAUUCCCUAGAAUAUUUACUAAGAUCCCCCCCCCCCCCCCCCCGUCAACCAUUUUCAGUUCCAUCCCACUUCUUGUAGUAGCCCUAAUUCUUUCACUCGCGUUUCCACAUUUAGACUAAUUCUCACAAUUGUCAAUGUCAGUAUACCCUGAUUCUCUUCCUCUGUGACGUCCUGUAAUAGGAUCAGAGGCCAUUUUCAGACCCCUCAAACUUGUACUGAUUCUCUCAAGGAUUAUAGUUUAAAAAUAAAAUUAUUAUAAUUGUAUAAAAAAAUAAAACUUAAAAUGUAUUUAAUUUAGUGUUAUCACGUGCCUUUUUUUCCAGUAAUGUUCUGCUUAAACACCCCAUCACAUCGUCAAAAAAAUGGGUGCCCCCUGUCAUUUAUGGAAGUCCCCUUUACCCCUGUGCCCCCCGGCCACGGCUUUCUGCUUUCAAAUGAACCCCCACCCCCCUCCUCAUUGUGAAUAACCCCUUUGUAGUUUUUUUUCGUGUUUUAUCACUUUAGCAACUUUAUGAAGUAUUUGGCAUUUCUAUAACUUUAAUCUUAACUUGUCGGAGGGAUGGAAACAUUGAUAUUGAAAGAAAAAGCCCAACAAAAAUCUUUACACCUGUGAUAACUUGGCAAGAGCCCCCCUACCCCCCUCGCCAAACAUAGGACGCCAAAAUCUUAAAUUGUCAAAAUGAAUAAAUAUCAUAUAUAUGAUUAUAUAUAUAAUGUCUAUAUCAUGUAUUGGGAAGGGUGCAUGUAUAUGGAGACGUAAGCUUUUCAUAUCUUUCUUUUCCAUGUCUGUAGUAAUAUAGUAAAUUAACACUGCAUAUUUCAAUCUUUUCUUUCUCAGCAAAUACAACUUGGCCUUCAAAUUAAACCCUGAGAAUGUCAAACGACCAAAGCUUUGGUUCUCAGGGUGUGAUAUCAGAUCAAGCUCAACUUAUGUUAGCAAACUUUUGGCCAGGAGUGAUUGAAAAUAUUAAAAAUCUCAGUGCUGUAUGUUAUAGGUGUAUCCAUAGAUGAUUAGUUUUUCAUUAUUUGCUAUAGUUUCGGUCCCUAAAAAAUGAAAUAUAUGAAAUAACUUUGAAAAAUAUGUUACUUUUUACCAUACAUUAUGUAACAAAAGAGAAACCUAGUUUUAAAUGGCUAAGGUUGAUGAACAUUCAAUUAUUAAAUUAAAUAAUAAGUUUAUACAUUACCAGAAUGACUACAAAACUCAAGAGCUCCCUUUGGCCAGAAUAAAAAAAAUAAUGAAACUUGAUGAAGAUGUCAAGGUAACUACAUUUUUUCUUGCAUACCUAUUUAAAAAAUUUAUGAAAAAAGAACAGUGAAAAUUGGGGAUUAUUUUUUUCACACAUAAGCUGCAUUUAUCAUUUGAUAAGUUGUGUUAUGCAGAGUCAGUUUUUCAGUUUUUUUCUAAAUAAAAAAAAAAAUUAUUUGUAACAUUUUCAGAUGAUAAGUGCUGAGGCUCCUGUUUUGUUUGCUAAAGCUGCAGAAAUAUUUGUUAGUGAGCUUUCUUUACGGGCAUGGAUUCAUACAGAGGACAAUAAGCGUAGAACUUUACAGGUAAGAUGUUCAUUUUGAUCAUUUUGUUUUGUAUUAAUCUUGCUAAUCAUUUCAGUCUGAAUGGAAGGAUAUGGCUCGGCAUGUCAGAUACCUCCAAGGCCUGUAGCAACAUUGAUGAUAAUGAUGAAUAAUUCUCUUGAAAUAUUGUAUAAUUGAACGAUUAAAAAAAAAAGAGUAAUUGUUUUUGCUUUUUGGAAUACAAUUUAUUAUGUUUUAUUCAACAGCGUAAUGACAUAGCAAUGGCUAUCUCAAAAUUUGAUCAGUUUGAUUUUUUGAUUGAUAUUGUGCCGAGGGAGGAAUUGAAGCCAAGUAAACGUCAAGUAAGUAGUCUUUAUUUGUUACCUUUUAAAUACAUUAACUUUUCAUUGUUUUGAAAUCCAAUUUUUCAAUUUACGCACUGUUUAGAUUUAACUUGAAUGAUUGACUAAUUAAAUACUAAAGAAACCAGUAGCUUUUGAUAAAAAUCAAACAGUUUAAAGAAAAAUUAAUAAAACAUAACAGUUCAGAAAUUAUUCUUCUAGUAUAUGCUUCUGGCUCAAAAUCAACAAUUUUCUUUUUCUUUUAAAAAGUUGAACUAAUCUAUGCUGUGGUAAUAUUAAAUAUAUCACUGAGUUGGGAUACAAAAAUUAACACUAGCAACAUCUUAUUUUGAUGCUUGUUAAUCUCAUAAUUUUUUCUUUGAUUACAAAAGACUAAUUUAAAUUUUAAGGAAAAUUUAUUUGAGGCAGGAAUAAGGCACCUAAAAUGGUGCAAGAAAAACUAAUUUUAAAAACAAAGGAGUCAUUGAAUUUUAAUUUAUUUUCUCAAUAUUUAUAUAUAUUUUAAUUUCUUCAUUAAAAUUUUAUAUUUAGUUUUCCAAGUUCUUUGGUUCUCUUUGUAUUUUAAAAAUAGAAAAAAAUAUUUAAAUGCAUUGUUAAUUUUGUAGGGGUGUCAGACUGAGUCAAACAAUUUGAAGGAGUCUUAGAAUAUAGAAAAAACAGUUUAUAGGAGAUUUAGAAUAUAGAAAAAACAAUUUGUUGGCGUUUUAGAAUAUAGAAAAGAUUGGAAAACCAUGGGUUAAGGUUUCUAUGAAUUAAGUGGGAUUCCUCAGUACAUUGAUUAUCUUUUAAAUUUAAAUAACUAGAAUUUAAAUUUGCUGACUGGUCCCACCUGAACUAAUUGCAAUAAAUGUUAUAUAUUCAUAAUAUUGCUGAGAACUUAUGGAUUUCUAAAUUAUUUUCACCAACAUGUUGUUUCUCACAAUCACAAAAAAGGAUGAACUAGGCAGAGGGGGAGGUUCACUCCCAGAGCAAAUUCAGUACUACUUGCAGUUAGCACAACAGCAGUCCCAGCAAGCACAGCAAACUCAAGUACAGCAGCAAACACAGCAACAGACUCAGGUAUAUAUAUUCUCAUAUAGACUGUGAAGCAUUUGCUAUAAUUAUUAUCUAUUUUCAACUAAUCAGCCAGAAGAAUGUCAAUGUUCUCCAGACCAAGUCUGUCAUUUACUGCUGGGGUUAGAUUAUCCAAGGUUAUUGCUUGGGGUAAUAAUGGCAUAAAUAAAAAUGGCAUAAAUGCAACUCCAAUCAGUUGGGACUUAUUUUGUGCAUAUUUUCAUAGGGCCACAGGUAGAGGAUUUCUGCAGAAAUAUUUGUCCACAUUACAGCCAAGGACCCCACUCAGUCUGGAAAAUGGGAAAUAGUUUGGAAAUUCAUUAAAUAAUUUUCCUGAUUUUGAAAACAGGGAAAAUGAGCCUGUUUGUAAAGAAAUUUUCCGGCUAGUCUGGAAUUUUUUAAUUAUAAAAAUAUAAUAAUAAAUUUGGAACGCAUGAAAAUUGACGUUAAUUUCGUUAAUCGUCAGUCUCAUCUACUUUUAGCCUUUCUGUUAUCGAAAGGACUUUGCAAAAAUGCUAGUGGUUUCCGCUUAACUGUGCAUGCGUUUUGAGCUCUACAAGUACAAGUUUCGAAAAUGAAAUUUCGUACCGUACUACUUUGAUAGACCAGAAAUAUUUCUUUUCUGUUCAGUUUGCCAAUAAGGAAAGAGAUGUUUAUUUGGUAAGUAAAGUGUAAAAUAUAGUAAAUAAUGUAUCUAGUUUUUAAUUGUGAGGUAACCAUUAUAAAUAGAAAUCUACUUGUCCAAGCCCUGUCUAAAAUGACCAACCUUAACGUACUUUGUUAUGUCUUAUUCUUAAUAAGUUGACUUUUAACAGUUUUACUAAAGUGUAAUUUAAAAAUAAUACCACUGUGCCUAAUUGGAAUGAGCAAUUCAAUAAUAAUACUAAUAAUAGGAGCUUUUGAUAUAAAUCAUAGUUCAAACCCAUGACCAUAUUAGGGGAACUUGAUUUUUAAAUAUAGGUCUCUAUCUAUAACAAUAACAAAACCAUCCACAUCUAUUUUUAAUUAGAGCUAGGCAGUCUUUAAGUUUAAGGUCACUUUAAAUUUAAUUAUGGAGUAGGCCUUUUAAAUUUAAAUAGUUUUUUUUUUUUUUUAAAGGGGAUUUUUAUAAAUUUUUUUUUUUUUUUUUUUUUCAAAAUAAUUCAAUACAUAAAACUAAAAUAAUAACAGGCAAAUUUUUUGAAGUUUGAACUAAAAAAAAUGUUAACAUUAUAAUAGAGUGUACUAAAUUAAAUUUAAAUAGGCUAAUAUAUUAUUAGUAAUAUAUUUCAGUUAUUUUGUGAUAUUAUUUUUGUGUAGUGUAGUUUAAUAGUUUAUGUCUGGCUUCGGAACUUCAUUUAAAUGUUACUAAAACUAGUUGAUUUAAUACACCAAUUCAGUGAGCCUGACAAAACUGUAUUUAGUUAUCCUUUAUUUAUAGUUUACACUCCUGUACUCUGGGUAUAAGUCACUGUAUUAUUACUACUAUUCAUAAGCACAAUUUAUUGUGUGGGGUGGGUGGUCAAUGAUUCGUUCCCCUGGGGAAAAUCCUGACUAUGCCGUUUUUAUCUGCAUAUGCCUAUCUUAGUAUCUCUUCUAACUCUGUAUUUCCAUAUUUUAGUACUGUAUAAUAUAGUUUAUUUGAUGUAUGCCUUACUAUAAAAUAUAAAACUAGAAUGAUGAUAAUAAGAAUAUCUUUUAUUUUGUUUUACUAUUCAGGAUCUAGGCUCAAUAAAAUAAUGCCCAGCAGUUCCUUUAAAGACUGAUAGUCAGGAAAAUCAUGAGUGAACAAGUCAUCGCUGCUACAAUGUUCUUGAAAUUUUUAUAUCAAGUAUUCAAGACGAAAAUGUUUUAUGUCAAUCAUUAUCUCGUUCAACUUCUGCUUUAUCACCUAUCUUAGGUGUCCACUUCUGCAAUUUAUCAACCAAGCUCCCAAUUAAUGUGUCUAAAAAUAAAACCCUAAUUCUAGAGAUUUUAUUGACACUUAAGUGUGUGUACUCUCUAUCACUUAAAUGUGUGUACUCUCUAUUCAUUUUCAUCACAAGAAGAAAACAUUAACUCCAUAUUAGAAAAGAUGCUUUCCACUUGUGGUAGCUAUAAGUAUGUUCUAAAAUGCCCCAGAAAACCAAUUUUAAAAAAAUGAGCCUGCACUUUAAAAUUAAAAAUAAACAAUUUUUCAAGUCUCAAGUAAUUUGAAAAAUUGCAAUUGCUAGGAAAUUUAAUAAAUUAUUGCAUGUGUACACCUUUAUUGCUUAAUUGUUUUCAUUUAUGUUGUAUUUCAAUGUUGUUUUUACUUUGACAAUUUCAUGCUUGUUUUUUUAUAUUAUCAACAAAAAUGUUGUGUUGUUGUGAAAGUCAGGAAUUUUUUUGUUUUUAGUUGGGAAAAAGUAAGUUAUUUUGUUUUUAAAAAAGAUUUGGAACGCUGUACAGCAUUGUCAUCAUUGGCGUCAUAUUUUUUUAGAGAUAUUUUAAUUUUUUUGACAUGAUCUUAGACAAGUGGUCGCGACCCCUUUGGGGGUCGAACGACCCUUUUACGGGGGUCGCCUAAGACCAUCGGAAAACACAUAUACUCUACAGAUAUGAAGUAUCAACUAAAAUAAUUUUGUGGUUAGGGGUCGCAACAACAUGGGGAACUGUAUUAAAGGGUCGCUGCAUUAGGAAGGUUGAGAACCACUGCUUUAGACUAACCUAAUUAGACUUUGUUUUAGGUGAAACACAUUUUUUUUUUAAUGAUCCAAACUUGCGUAAUGACCUGAUAUACCAUCAUAUAUCAGCUAAUUCUCCAAAGAUAUUUUUACUAUUGAGUGUAGUCGUGCUCUUAAUUGUUACAAUUUCUUAUACAUUAGGUGCAGGUCACCCAGGCAGCAUCAGCAUUACAACAAAUUCAACACACUCCAGUACAGCAAACAACAGUUGCAACAAAUGCCCAAAAUACAGCUGUUCAAUUGCCAAGUAAGUGAAAUAUUCUUAAAAUUAAGCCCUAGUAUCUCAGUUUUGCUUUAUCGUUUUCUUAUGUGAAUAUAGAAUUCAGACAAACAAGAUAAAUUCCUGAGAUUUUAAGUCAGAUUGUUUGUUAUUUAAGUGUGAUCCUAGAUAACCAGUUUCUGUACAGAGUUAUAAAUAUAGUAAUAUUAACAAGACAACCUCUUCUCUUAUAAUAAGUUAAAGAAACUAUUGUGCUUUCUUUUGAUUCAAACAAACAAAACAUAACAUGAGUUUCGACUUAGAUAAACUUAAACAAACAGAACAUAACAUGAGUUUAGACUUAGAUAAGAAAACUCUUACAAAGCAAAAUUGAUAUGUUAUGAUUUAUCUUUUGUCUAACGUCCUGGAAGAAGAUUUUUAUGCUAUAUAUGCUGUAAUGCUAUAUUAUUCUGUUAGUACCAUAUCAUCAUAGGAUUAGAUGCUAAAAUAAUGAUGCUGGCCCAAAGUAACCACUAAAGCCAUUCCAGUUUCAGCUUAAAAUAUAACAUAGUACCAUUAGGUUGCAGGAUUGUGUAGCCAGUUUGAACUCAAGUGGCCUCGCAAUCCUGAAAUGCUCAAAUGAAUCUGAUAAAAGACGUUAAUAGAUUACUUUUAUUUUUGUAGCUGGUCAGAUAAUUCAGCAACAAUUCCAGUUACAGGUAGGUCAGAACAUUAAAAACAAUUAGAUCAAUUUUCAAAAAUCUAAUUAGCCUCUUUAAUUUUCUAUUCUUAUUCCUUUAUUAGUGUCAUCCAAAAUAUAUAUAUAUAUAUUUUUUUUAUUAUAAAUGGUCUUUGAAUUACUUUUCUUUAAAAAAAUCAUUUGAAUAUGUCUGCCUAUAUAAUUUUCUGUGCUAAAUCUCUCUCAUAGAGUAGAGCAAAAUAAUAUUUCUAAAAUUAAGAGAAUUAUUUUUUUAAUGAAGUUUAAAUUAUAAAGUUAAAGUUAUAACUAUAGCCCAAUUAUUUUUCUGGCAGUCUCCUCAGCAACAAGUCAUUCAACUUCCACAAGUUCAGCAGGUUGUCUCACCCAUUCAGAGCACAGUUUUACACCAGCUACAGCAACAGCAACACCCACAGCAGCUUCAGUCUCAAGCUCAGGCUCAACAGCAGCAACCCACAACACAGGUGUACCAGCAAGUCAUAACAGCUUCUGGGCAAGUUGAAAGUAUUCCGGUAUGUUUACAUUUGGUCUAAAUAGUAUUGUAUCAUGUAAAUAAAACCUUUUAAACCCCAAAUUGAGUUUCAUUUCAUGACCAUAUAUUAGAUUCUACUGUAUCAUUUAACUAAAUCAUUUUAAAUCCCAAACGAGUUUUAUUUCAUGGCCAUCUGUUAGAUCAGUCGUUGAUUUUGGUGGAGUGAUGCUUAAAAAAGUAAGACUUCAAUAAUAAGGAUGGGAUGAGGAUGCCAAGGCAAUGAAUUUUCAUGCUAAACAGACUUCAGAUUGCAGUGUUAUCAAUUUCCUUGUAGAAAUGCUAUGAGAAUAUCUAUUAUUCUAAUGUGGUUUCAGCACAGUGAAAUUUAGGUGUCAUUUGCACAUCUAUGAAAUCACUGCACUAAAUUGUUUAAAUGCACUUAAAGAUCAAAUAUUCAUACCUAUUUGGAAAAGGAGUUCAUAAUGAAACAACGAAAUGUGUCAAUGUUGGUCACAUUUUUUUUUUUUUCUGAAAAAAAUGACCUUAUUAAUUACAAAACAAAUAAAGUUGAAAUAAUGAGUUACAACACCCUUUUCCAUGAAUGGUUUAUGGUCUUUGCCAAGCUAUAUUGAAGGUACCUAUUGUACAGGUACCUAAGACUAAUAUAUUUUUAUGAUUCUUGAAAUCGAUGUUCAUUGGAGUGUAGUUAAAAAAUUGAAAUCAGUCAUACAUUAUAUGGCGCUUCCAACAUAAAUUAUGUGGCCCUCCCCAAAUAAAUGAGUUUUGUUUAAAAAUCACUUAUGAAACCGAUAACGUAUCAGUUUGAAAAAAAAACAACUACUAAGAAAAUAAAGACAAUAUUAGCAUCCUUAAUAAUAAUAAACUAACAAGUGUUUAUAGACGAUAUGGCUUAGAGCUGACCCCUAGUUUGAUAGCCCACUGUUCAGUUGAAUGCCUAGACAUCAAUAAAAGAUUUUAAUUUUCACAGAUUCAAUUGACCCCACAACAAUUACAGAGUAUACAGUUACAACUGCACAACAAAAUUGCUGGUCAACAAAUAGUUGUGCAAACUCAGCAAGAUCCUAAUGUCCAUUUUUCACAAGCUCAGGUAUUUUUAAAUUAAAAAAUAACAUUAAAAUUGUAUUAUUCAGUGUUGCGAAUUUCCUUCAAGGAUGAGUUCUCAAUGUAUCAAACCCUGGGUAGUAUGUACUGUGUUUACUAGGAGACAGUUUGAAAAAGCUCAAUUGUUAGUCAAAGGUAACAACUCUCAACUUGCAAGCCACACUUAAUAAUGACAAGCAGAACAAGGCUAGGUGGAAUAAUGUAUGAAGAUAACAAUUCUUUAUUUAUACACUCCGUCAGGUUGAUAACGUAACAUCAUGUCAAUUCCAAAAAGGGGACAGCUACAAUACUCUUGACAAUUCAACACUACACAACUUUUGACACACUGACUAAUCUGACUUACGAUAAGAUUCAAUAGAACUAGCUCCCGUCCCGUUUUCACUCAGUAUUUAUUCAUCCAUUGCUUAUUAAACUGUCAACCCAACCAAUGAGAUAACAAGACCAGCAACAUACCUCACGGAUCAUGAUGUUCCAUACACAAACUAAAAAACGUUCAACAACCAUUUCAUAAUACCGGUACUUAGCAAUAUAUUUUGUCCAAAUUUAUGUAACAUUGAUUUUUCCCCCUUCCUAACACCAUACACAACUGUUAAUUAGGAUACUCUUGGAUAAUAAUUAUUAUUUUUAGGCUAUAUGAAUCAAAUGUUCAAAUACUUAUUUAUCAACAGCCGUUGCUCAACAUUGUGAACCAUUCCUUUACACAAUGCAUUAAAAUACUAAUUACGUUUGUCAUUACUUUAACCCCAUUUAAACUCAUUCAAUUUUGUUUCUACCAGAUGUACCAACUCCAACAAGCAGGCCAACAGCAAAUCUUUAUCCAGUCAGAUGACCACACAGAUGGGGGAACAGAUUCUUAGAUUUAAAGUGCUUUAAAUUUCAAGGAGUAAUUAAUUAAAAGUUAAACUUUAAGAUAAAAAUGCUAUUGUUUUAAAAGAGAUAUAUAAUUAGGGCCAAGAGAAGCUUAUAUUUCUUUGGAAUCUCUCUUUACGUGAUGUUUUAUCCUUCCAUAUUCUUGGAUGUUUGAUCUUAUGUUAAUAAAUCUAUGUACAGCUACAUUAUUGAAUAAUGUAAGAGUGUUUCCUUAAAAAUUAAUUGAUCAAAUAGCAUAGUGGUUCUCAAAGGCCGCAGGAUAAAAAUGGAGAUGAUUAAAUGCACUGAAGGUGAGAGGAGGGCUCACUGUGUUGUUUGUGCAGGCCAUUUAUUGUAAUUUAUUUUAAAAAAUUUUGCUUACUACUACCAACUACCAGAAUAAAUUUUCCAUGAAAAAGUAAAUGGUAUUUGGGAGUGCCAGUGAUAUUUCUAUUGUGGGCUUAGGUGAUGUAGUGUAAUGGGUUAUUGUUGAUCUUAGAGAAGCAUAAAUUCCAGUAAAACAAUUCCUGGUGAGCUGCUCAGGGAAUAUUAAAUAUCUGUAUUUGACUGCACAUUUUAGAUAGGAACCAAUUUAAAGUAAGAACAAUGGUUCAGCCAACGUUUUAUUUUCUGACAUACUUGUCAUCAUUAGAUUAUUUAUUUGUAAUAAUUAAUUUGGCAUAUCAGAGUUUGCCCUCAAUGAAAUUACUUCAGAUUUGAUGAAAUCUGAAUAAUCAUUGCUAAUGCGGUCUUUGAAGGUUGGUCCCAAUUGGAUCAUUUGAACACUCUUUUGUUUGGCUUGGGAAUGAUGCUCCUAUUUGAUCUACGCCUUUUGUAACUUCAAGUCAAUAUUUGAUGUAACUUGUUAUUGACAUGAUCCAUCAAAAAUGUUCACUGUGAAUAAUGUUGACAUACACUUACUAAGCAUUCUCAAUGGCAUUUAGAAACCUGGCCAACGAUGACUAAAAGAAAAGGACUAAAAGAAAAUGUUUAAGUUGUGCCUUGAUUUAAUAGUGUGAACAAAGUGUUGAUCAUUUAACUUGCACUUUUUUGUGUUUUUAAAAAAAAUGAUACCAGAAACCAUUUUUUUAAAUUAGUGAAUUAAAUAAUUGAUUAGUUUGAGUAUCUUGAAAUUUAAAAAUGAAGGAAUAUCAUAUUUGUUGUUUGUAUGAUCUGCCAUAUCUAUUUAAUUCUUAUCAAUUAAAAAAAUGCAUUGGUCAUGUUUGGAAUACUUUUUUUUAGAUAAUGUUCAAUUUUUGUUUGUCAUAUUUUUAUGUUGAAAAAGAAUGGAUUUUGUGAUUAAUUAAUUUUUUUAUAUGAAAAUACAUUAUUCUCAUUUAUUUUUCAUCUGAACCCUGUGGUAGAAAGAUAUCUAGUUUGCCAAUGAGAUCAUUCUUGCCUUGUCCUGAGAGGUCAGAAAGUAACAGAUUUGAAUUGACCUGAUAGACAAGUAAUGAAACUAUUCUUCAGGAGCUAAAUGUUUGGUAAAAAAGCUCCAAGCAGCAGCCUUAUUAUUAGUCAAUAACUGUAGUCAUAACCAAUUAACAUUCAUUUGGUGGAAUAAAUCAGAAGUGUAAAUAAUUUAAUAAAAUGUUUCAUCAAAUUAGUGAUUCAUGAAAAUCGAGGUUUAUCAUUAUUUUAUUUUUUUUAAACCUUAUUUGAAAAGAGUUUAAAAUAUGAUUGCAU